AUGUAUUACGACCGACGAUUUCAAACUGACGAUUACUUCCCCUUCAUCGCUUUCAACCACGAGCAAAUCCGCGCUAGUACCACCGGCGGAUACCUCCUCACCACUAGACGGAACUUCCCAGCCGUAGCCGAGAACCUGCUCAACAUUGACCAGUCCGCUCUCCAGCGUCUCAUAGAUCGCGGCCGCGCCGGUCUCGGUAUCACUCCCGAGUCCCCGGAAGAGCAAGCUUGUAUGUCUCUACUUACCGUCAUCGAUCAUGUUGGCGGUCAUGUUCCCGGUUCCAGUACACAGAAGCGUUACCAGCGCAGUGAGAUCAAGUCUCUCAUCAUCGCGAAUAACGUCCCUCUUUUUUUCAUCACUUUUUCUCCCGUUGACUUCAAACAUCCUUUGUGCCUGUAUUACUGUGGCGAGUCUAUUGAUUUGUUUGAUUCCUUUACAGAAUUUCCCUCCGCCGCAUCUCGUCUCUCUGCCAUUGCGGAUAACCCGGUAGCGUGCUCCCGCUUUUUCCACCAUGUGGUGUCCACUUUCUUAUCCACAGUCGUUAAAGCAGGAGAGGUCGGCGACGACCGCGGUCUUUUCGGACCCGUAAACAGCUACUAUGGCACCGUGGAA